GAAGGGAGAUGCAAUGCAAUCCUCUGGACCCCUUUAACUGUCGUCGCGACUCUCAGGGGGGCCGCUAGUCCGCGUUGGGCCUAGCGCUGUCUCCAGAUCCAAAUCCAGCAAACCCGGGCCUGAAAAGCUUCAGUCGCCGAUUCCUCCCCGUUCUCUGCCACCGCUCCCACCCUGCUUUCUCCUCGCCGAUGGCCUCCCCUACCAUGUCAAUCGCUGCCGGCCGAUGGUCUCGAGUUCUCCUGGGGUCCACCCUCGCCCAGAACCCCUGGAGGCCCGCCGCCUUCGCCUUGAAUGUCCCCGGUCUGCUCUCUGGCAUUUGGGAUUCCGUUCUCCGCGCCGUGCCCAAGAAGAAAACCUCGCACAUGAAGAAACGUCAUAGGCAGAUGGCAGGAAAGGCUUUGAAGGACGUGAAGAAUCUUAAUACCUGCCCCGGGUGCGGUCAAAUUAAGCGCGCGCAUGUUCUAUGUCCACACUGCGUUGCAAGUAUGUCUUCUUCGUCCCAUGUUACGCUGUGCCAUCUCGGGCCCCAGUCUAACCGUGCAUCCGUGUCUAGAUAUCAAGAAGGAAUGGAGCAAUAUCCAAACGGCAUAAUGAAUAUCAAGACUACUAGACGGGGAAAGAUUUAGGCCCAAUGGACUAGGUGUGGGGUGUGACAAAGAAGAGAAAGGAUGGCGCUAGUCUUGGAGACUUGCGACUCAAGGCUGUAUUUGUACUGUUAUUUUUGAUGUGGUUCUCUCUCGGGAUAUAUAUGAGGUGUAGGAUAAAUGCUGCAUGGCAAUUGGCGUCUGGGUAUAUUAUGGUGAAUUUAUGGGCUUGUUUCCCUGUACAUUUGACGGAAGUCAUAUUGAAUGACCCGACUACUCGGUCGCUUGCAAUCCCAGUAAAGAAAUCAGAGAAUGAACACAGGGAAUGCAUAUGCUGAAAUAGACC